AAGUAAACUGUAAAAUUCAACAUCAAGUUCAAGUUUUUAACUUGUUUGCUUUGAUUUAAAAUUACAUAAAAUGUAUUUAUUUUAAAAUAUUGUGAUUUCAUAAACGAAAUAAUAGUAACAUAAUAAUUGAUAGCAGAAAUACUGCUGUUCUGAUAGCUCAAAUUAUAAUAAUAUUGUAAGAACUAACCUAACCUAUCAAAAUAAAUAAACAUACAUUUCUAAUCAAAUUAGUGAAUCGAUUUCAUGACCUAAAUUAUAAGCAAGUGAAGAGAUUUACUCACAGCAUAAUGACAGAAUCGAACUCCAGUAACCAGUCUCCUACACAAAACAACAAGGGGAAAGACCCUGACCGGCCGAAGCUGAAGAUUCUUGCUCUUCACGGCUAUAGGCAGAAUGGAGCGGUGUUCAGAGCGAAGAUCGGCUCCUUCCGCAAAGCUGUUGCAAAGUACGCACAGCUCGUGUUCGUGUCAGCGCCGCAUAAAGUUGUAAAUGAGGACGGAGGAGGUGAUGAAGAUUCCCGGUCAUGGUGGUUCAAUGCAGAAGACAACACGUUCAGUGGAAAGUGCCUGGGAGGGCCAGCACUAGGGUUCGAGGAAACUUUAAAUGUAAUAAAGAAAGUAGUUGAGGAACAUGGCCCAUUUGAUGGACUCAUGGGGUUCUCACAGGGAGCUUGUCUUGUGGGACUGUUAGCUGCCAUGCAGCAGAAAGGAUAUCUCCCAUACUCAUUCAAGUUUGUAAUAUUCACAUCAGGAUUCCGAUCAGGCAGCCUGGUCCACAAAGGUUUCUAUGAUGAGGAGAUCACUCUGCCAUCAUUACAUGUCUAUGGAGAGAGUGAUUCUAUUAUACCCAAAGAGAUGAGUGAAUCCUUGAUCAAUUUAUUUAUCAAGCCAGUAGUAGCAGAACACUCUGGAGGUCACUAUGUGGCAUGUUCUGGAGCCAUCAAGGAUGCUUACCAAGACUUCCUCAGUGACAGAUACCAGGAAAUGCUGGAGGCCAACCAUGUGGAGGAGGAGAAAACCUCAAACUCAUAGCAUAGUGCCCUGGGACCCCACCCACUGCUGACCAAGCUUCUGGCUAAACAUAACCCAUAUUGGCUCUAAGAAUUUAAAAACUUAUCUUGAGAGUUAAUCUGGGUGAUGCCUGCUAUUUAUUGAAUAAGAAAUAGACAAUUAAAGUCAAUGUGUUGUGUGAUGAUGAUAUCAAGGAUUAUGUUUUGUGUUGUAAAUAAUUAUACUAAUAUUAACGGAAUAAACAUUGACUAAUAUACA